UAUGUCUUAAUACCUGACAUACAGUGUAUUGAAUAUUAUUGACUGUUAUGUCAAACAAAUAUAAACAACAAAACAAUGAAUUAUUUGUAGAAAUCAUUGACUCAUUCAGUGAUCAAUUGAUUAGACAAACAAAUGAAUGAAUAAAACGACGAUUUUUGUGACUAUUGUUUGAUUGAAUGACAGCAAAGAUGUCCAAAUCAUAUGAAGACCAACUGAUACGCGAAGUCAAUGAAAAUGUUUUGAAACGUUUCGGUCGUUUUGUUGAUCACUUUAACCACGAAUUGGCGACAAUUCAUAAUUUAAAUGUCAAACAAAUCAAAUCUUCAAUUGAAGUGCCAUUUGAUUGUCCGUCAAUUGAUUGUAAUGAUGUGAAAGAGAGGACAGAUCUGAUUGAAUUACUUCAGACUUGUGGUAAUAUGCAGUUGAAUAAAGUUGUCUUAGUUUUUGGUCGACUCACUCAAGAGAUGCAAUAUUUGGCGCAAACCGGUUCCCAACGUUUCUGUGAUCAACUGGUUCUUUACGGCGAACCAAUUACCAGUGAUAUUAAUAAUGAAGACAUGUCUUCAAUCGCCAAACUCUUACCUUUACUUCACGAUCUCUCUUCAUUUGUUAAUCAUUGUCUAAAUGUUGUGUCAAAUGUUGUCCAACAGAUCAAUGGAUUAAUUAAUAUAUCAAAUAUUCCGACAAAGAAAGGUUUGUCUAACAAUUAUAAGGAACUGAUACCAGACUUGAGUUCAAAUCUUAGAUUUGAUGCAGUUUUUGAUGCCAUAUGUGAAUUGGGAGUGACUUUAAUUAAUUUGGAUGAUAUUAUUACUAAUCAAAUGAAUUUGAAACUUGAUUUUGUUAAUUAUAAGCGUAUUAUUGAAUUAGUUUCGGCUAAUUCAGACAAAUUUGAUGUCAAAAAUGAUAUCAUGAAAGUCAAGACAUUGUUUAAGUUAAUAGAUAAGAUUGAGAAGCAGCUCAUUGAUGGCGAUGGUAUCUUCAAAACAUUUAUUGAUGCCAUGGCUAAUGAUGAAAGUAUUGCUAAAAAUAGUCAAAUGGCUGAACAAUUUGCUAAUUAUAUUAGAUUUAAUUGUUCCGAUAUGGAAGUAUCACCCGAACUGAUUUUAGACAACAAAUUUUUAGGAUUGAAUGCCUUUUUUGUUAUUUAUGUUUGGAUUUUCAAAAAAGAAGACAAAAGAUUAUAUAAAAUGCUAACUGAUUGUCAAAAGAAAAUUGGGAUCAAUUUAUGUCAUUUAAGAGGCAAUUGUUGUGUAAUACCAGAUAAGUUUGUGGCCAACCAUUUACCGCGAUCUAUGUUUGACAAGAAAUUGUUGGAGACUUUUAAUAGUCAACGCGAGUUGUUUUUAAAACAAAAUUUCGAUCGUGAAGUCAAACAAAUUAACCUCAAAGUCACUAAUUGGUUGGUCCGCUUUGAACAAGACAUCAGCGGUACAACUGAUCUCAACACAAACCUUAUUGAAGUUUUAACAAAACAACAAAAAGUCAUUGAAGAAGGUCUUGAAAAUGUGAGGAUAUUAACUAAUCUUAUAAAGAAUUGUAUAUCACUUCAUCUACAAAACGGUCGACCGAUGGCUAAACAAGACUUACUGGCCAUUUGUAAAGCCAUUUGUAUUGUUAAAGGCAUUCAAUUAACAUUUUAUCAUAAAAAGGGUCAUUUAAUUAAUAUUUUAGGACAUUUGGCUCAAUAUAUUUGUUGUGUUAUCUUAAAAAUGUUAAGUAAUGUUAAAACACGACUUAUGGCAGACGUGAAGAAAUACUCGGAAAAGAAAUUAGAUUUGUUGUCGGCUGUCAUUCUGACCUCUAAUUGUCUUAACGGUCCGAUUCUUACCGAACAACGAAGGAUUUUGAUUUCAAUUUGUUUGGCUUUUAUAUCAUUCACUCUCAGCGCUGAAGAGUUGACAAAAAUAUUAACUUUAACUAAAAAACUUGAAUUAUUUACAAAAGUUCAUUCAUUAAUGAAUCAGUGGUCUAAUUGUGAUUUCUUAUACUUUAAUAGAGCCGUUUUGGGCGUCUAUUUCAUUGACUUUUUUGAAAAUGAUUCCUCAAAUGUUAAUGAAUUGAGACAUUUUUUCAAUGCCUUAACCGAUUCAUUGACAUUAAUUAAUAAAUGCAUUGAUGAAGAAAAGCGUCAAAUUUUAUUAAAACAAUUUGAUUGUGAAAUAAAUGAAAUUUUUGUCAAUGAAUUUCUAGAUAAGAUUUGUACCGAAUUUGAGACCGAAUUGCGACUACAGAUUCAUUCAGAUCUUCAGCUCGACGAUCAAAAUCCAUUCAAAAGAAAUUUAUAUGAUUUUAGUGCACUGUUUGCUGCGGAACCCAUUUAUUUCAACAAUAAAUUAUUAUCAAUUAAGAACUACGUUGAAGAAUAUCUUAAUGAAAUGGCAUAUAAUUUGACGACAAUAGCACUUCACGAUUGGAAAACCUAUGAAUCGAUGUUAAAUUUGGCCAAAACUAAGUAUGGGUUUGAGUUUGUGAGGUCACAACUGCCCACUCAAACACUGGAACAGGGAUUGGAUGUGUUGGAGAUUACCCGCAAUAUUCAUGUUUUUGUUUCGCGAUAUUUAUAUAAUCUAAACAAUCAAAUGUUUAUUGAAAAGUCAUCCAAUAAUAAACAUUUAAAUGUUUUACUCAUCAGACAUGUGGCCAACUCUAUACAGACUCACGGUUUUGGUAUAAUUAAUACUACAGUCAACUUCACGUAUCUCUUCUUACGUAAAAAGUUUUACACAUUUUCCCAAUUUCUUUAUGAAGAGCACAUCAAAUCGCGACUGAUUAAAGAUUUACGACAUUUUCGUGAAUCAAAUGCUAUUAAGUUUGCAUUUGAAAAGGCAGACAAAUUGGUUAAAGGUAUUCGCAAAUUAGGACUAACUCCCGAUGGAUUUGUUCGAAUGUUAAGAAGUGGUGCACUUCAUUGCAGUUCCAAUUCAGUCAACUUUGUACCCGAUUUGGAUGACUUGACUGAAGUUUCAUUUCACGCGAUGACUUCAGAAGAGAAUUUAAGUGCCGAUACGGUGACGGCAGCACACAAUUUGGACUCAAUUCUGGUCACUUUGAAUCGAAACUUUACCGAAUCAACAGAUUAUUUCAAGUUAUUAGUUGAUGUAUUUGUUCAGAUAAUUCGCGAUCCAAAGAAUUAUCACUUAAAAAACUUUUAUGUAAUACUUCCGGCUUUGACUUAUAAUUUUGUUGAGAAUUUAAUUAUAAGCAAAGAGAAGAUGACUCGCAAGAACAAAGUGGGCGCCGCCUUCACUGAUGAUGGCUUUGCAAUGGGUGUCGCGUAUAUCCUUAAACUUCUUAAUCAAUUCAAUGAUUUCGAUUCACUUCAUUGGUUUAGUUCUGUGUCCGACAAAAUUAAGGCUGAGAUCAAUGAAGCCAACAAACAAAAUCAAAUCAAUGCCAACAGUGACGUCAAGUUAACACAAACCACUAGUUUAACAAUUAAAAGGUUGGAAAACCUUCAGAAGGAGUUUGACCUCUUGGAGUACAGUCUUACCAGUUCUCGGAUCCUCUUUAAGGCAACUCCUGAAUCAGUCAACUAA